AUGUCUACGUCAUCAAAACCAGUGAUCUUGCGUCGUUCGGAAGAGUUCAAAAAGACAUGCGGCAUAUCGCGCUACCGUCGCUGCGUUCUCAUCUACCAGCUCGACAACGCAAUCUACUAUGCACUUUCAAAAGUGCGAUACCGCUCCGACGCCGAGGUAAAGCUGGAAGAUCUCUACGAUGUGGUAAUGAUUGAAGUCCCUCAUUAUCGUCCAGAAUUCCCAUCACACUUCACCCAAGCCUCUAAUCCUCUUCUUGCAGGUUGGUAUAUCAAAGAACCUACACUGGUUCGUUUCGAUCCUAGCGAGCCUGCAUGGAUUGGCGAACGAGUCCUCUUCGAAGCUAGAGCUAACGAGGUCCUCAUAACGCAUCCACAUCGGAAUAUUGCCAAAUACCAUGGUUGCCGAGUCCAGAAUGGUCUCAUCACCGGUAUCUGCUAUGACAAGUACCACGAGUCCCUCAUGCAGCGGGUUAACCCUGGUUCGCACAGCAAGGGCCGCUUGCACCUUAACAAGACGAAGCCUCUCAAUGUCAAUUUGAUGUUGGAGAGCGUUCGCAAUGGCCUUGCGCAUCUCCACUCCCUGGGGUUCGCGCACAACAACAUCAAUCCUUCCAACAUCAUGUUCUUCAAUGAAGACUCUGACGAAGCCGUCAUCAUCGGUUUGGGUUCCUGUCGAGCUAUUGGAUCCCCCCUAAAUGAUUAUCUUGUACGGAUGGAGGGGUGGUACGACAAGAAAGCUGACACGUCACUUCCAAGCAAUGAUCUCGACGCGCUUGACGAGAUCGCAGAGUGGUUGAGUGACAAGCCGGAGAAGAAUUUCCAACUUGCAGGAUAA